CUCCUCCGCAUCCACCAAUGAGAUCAAGCACAGGAAGUUUGGCACAAUGGACAGGAUACAGAUGCAAUGUUUUCCUGUUUCAUCCAUCCUUGUCGCGAAAGCAUAAUGCCUUGUGGAGCUCUUUCUGAGUGUGAAUUUACUUUUAUAUGGCGCAUAUUUUUAACUAGCGUGUAUCCGUUUUUUUUUUUUUUUAAUGAAAACUCCGAUAAAGCUAGGCUAGCUGGAUAACUAUGCGCCUUUUCACGGUAGUACACGAAGUUAUACCCGUUUUAAAUUAGCUUGGAAUUAUUCUAAUGGGAGAUUCGUCCACUCUGAGAAGUUCAUGUCACGUUAGUGCUCUUCAGAGAUCAUCUUACAGAAGGCUGCUCGCUGUGACCCCGCCCACCGCCUGCCAAUCACUCUUAAAGGCCACGUCUCAAAGUUCCACAUUCAGAGUUUUACAACGCAAACCUUUUAUCUUCGAAUGCCAACGCGUUGCCGAGCAGGAGGUGAAUAAAGCAGGCAGUAUGCUGCGAUGGAGAGUGUCGAAGCCCACUGUGCUGAGUCUGGUAUUAAUACAGGCGGCUGCAGUGGUACUUCUGUAUGGCUGGUACAGUCGUCCUCCAUCUCCCAACACGGCCGAGUCCGAGGGCAAGGUGCAUGUGCUGCUGCUGUCCUCCUGGAGGUCCGGCUCCUCGUUCCUGGGGCAGGUGUUCAACCAGCACCCAGACGUCUUUUACCUGAUGGAGCCCGGUUGGCACGUGUGGACCUCUAUACACCAGGCCGGCGCGCGAAACCUGAGGAUGGCGGUGCGUGACAUGAUCCGCAGCAUCUUUCAGUGCGACAUGUCGGUGAUGGACUCGUACAUGCCUCAGCCGCGCAACGUCUCCAACCUCUUCAUGUGGAGCCACAGCCGUGCGCUCUGCUCGCCGCCUGCUUGCUUCCUCACGGCACGUGACGAGAUCAGCAAAGAGCAGGACUGUAAACAGCAUUGCGAUACGCGAGGCUUGAAGCUCGCAGAGGCGGCGUGCCGAACCUACAGCCACGUGGUUCUGAAAGAGGUGCGCUUCUUCGAGCUGGACUCACUGUAUCCACUGUUGCGUGACCCAAGCUUGGAUCUUCGCAUCAUCCAUCUGGUUCGUGACCCUCGUGCGGUGCUCCGUUCCCGUGAGCAGUCGGUCAAAGCCCUGGUAAAAGACAGCGCUAUCGUCCUUGAGCAGGCCAAUGUCCCAGAAAAGGAUAAGUCGUACAAGGUCUUGCAGGAGAUUUGUCGCAGCCACGUGCGGAUUUACGAAACCGCCACUUUAAAGCCUCCCGAUUUCUUAAAGGGCCGUUAUAAAAUGGUGCGUUAUGAGGAUCUCGUGCGCAACACAUUGGCGGAGAUCGAAGCCAUGUACGAGUUUGUGGGUCUGGAGAUGACGGAAAGCCUGCAGGAGUGGAUCUACCGCAUCACGCACGGGAAGGGCAAGGGCACGAAAAAGGAGGCCUUCAAGAUCACCUCACGAAACGCCGAGGACGUCUCCCUGGCCUGGCGCACCACCUUACCCUUCGAGAAGGUCCAGCACAUCCAGGAGGUCUGCAAAGGAGCCAUGACUCUGCUGGGGUAUAAGACGGUGGACAGCGAGAAGGAGCAGAAGCUGCUGGAUUUAGACGUGCUCGUCCCACGAGAGCGCUAUCAGUUCAGCUGGCUGCCUUCCAAAAGCACAACCGCAAAAGUAUCGAAAACAUAAAGUACUGUGGCAUUCGCCCUGGGUUUUGUUCUCACACAGAAGGAAUACUAUGAACUCGAGCGUCCCAUUGACACGCAGAGAACGGGACGUUCCCCUGUUAGAAGGGACGGUAGAGCAAUAAAGCGCUGUUCUCUUCCUUAACACAGCUUUUAACACUGGAUGCUGUUUUUGAAGAAAUUAUGGUCCAAUAAUGAACUUCAAGAUGUAUUUAUUGACACAGAAACUAGUAUGGUGUUUUUUUUUGUUUAUGAAAAGAACGUUGCAUUUCAAGUUGAUGUUGUAGAUGCGGUGCGACGAGUCAGUUACUUAUUACGGUGGCAGAAAAACACUGGUAACAAAUGGAGGGAAACGGGUUAAAUCCACGCAAUAAGAAAGAAACGUAUCGUGUCAAAAUAGGAUUUUUAUUUAUUUUUUUAAUGUAAAUAUAUCAAAUGUACAGUUCUGGUCCUUGAGUCCGAUCGGUGGAGCCAAGUUUGAAGCUGUUAUAAACAUCGCUCAGACAUACAAAAACACACACCUUUGUUUACAUCUGUGUUUUGCUUGGCACAAAUUUGUUAUAAAUAGAUAUGCGGUUCAUAGGGGACAUAUUGUAUUAAUUAAAUAUUACGCAAACUUGUUCCAUUUACCUAUGAACUUUGCAAAUAUUCCCUGGGUUUAAAAGCAGGGCAUAUAGCAAAAUAGAUGAUUUUUUUUUUUGUGUUCUGUCUCAAGAUGGACACCAAUAAUGUUUUUUUUUUUUUUUUUUUUUUUUUAAUAUAUAUAAAGGUGUGUGUCUGUGUGUUUAUUACUUAGAUGUCCUCAUUGAACUAUGGCCUAACCCUGGCACGUCUAAGCCCGGUCUGUGAUACCAGGCCUGCGUUGCCUAGCUCAGAAUCGAAAAGACAAAGUUAUUUUUUUUAAUUACAUUUUUUUUCCCCCAUCUAAACUGUGAGAUACAGUCUCGAAAUUGCGAGAAUAAAGCCAUAAUUGUGAAAUAUAAACUCAAAUUUAACUUUUUUAUUUAUACCUUUUUUUUGUAGCCUAUUUUCUGCCACCAGGUAGGCUCCGCGUACAAAAAAAAACGUGUGUGUGUGUGUGUGUAUCUAUAUAUAUAUCCCAAAAAUGCCAUUCACUUUUCUACAGAUUCACACAGACUCUAAAUACAUGAAGCUAAAUAUCUACAUCAUCUUCACUAAGUAGUUCCUGCUCCCAGAGGCGCAGAGUUUGGCUACAAACCUAAUCAAACACCCACGAAGCAGCUUACCAAGGCGCCUUAGGAGCAGGGUUCUAGACCUGGGAAGCAGUCAAUAUUUGAUUGUUAUGUUAGUGUUAUGCUGUUAUACUGAGUUACUGAGUUAGCUUCAGACCCGGGGCUUGUAUCGUAAAACAAGUUAACCAAAUAACCAACGCUUAUUCCAGGUAAGUCAGACUUAUUUGAACCCAGUCUGGCUCAUUUCACGAAAGAUCGUCGUUGUCCAUGUUCUUGCUGGAUUUAGAUUUGAAUCCGAUUUCGACCAAGAACAAAAUGUCCCACAAAUGUGCCUUAAAUUUUGUAAACAAAAACGCAAUUAAUUUUGGAUGCAAUUAAUGAGACAGCACUGCUAAACACAUUUAUUAAAAAAAUAAAUAAAAAUGAAUAUUAUUAUUAUUAUUAUUAUUAUAGAAUCAUCGCCACUUAAGUUAUAUUAUUUUAACCAAAUGAAAUAAUUGCUAGUAUUAAAUAAUUACUAGUCGUGCUCUAUGGGUGUGUGUACAUUAGAAAAAAAAAAAUCUGGGUGAAUUCCUAGCAAAAACUCUUAUUGCUAGAUUAGUGUACAAUUGAUUAUGCUAGUUAUGGGAACACUGUAUUAUUGGAUUUUAUGUGAAGAUCUCAAGGAGACCGUUAAAAAGCCUACUGUUCAAGUUAGCUUUAUUGCUUGGAGAAAAGAUUAUGGUAAUGUUUAUUACACGUAAGGGCCAAAAGUGCUGUUGCUGCCAGUUUAUAGACCGAGAGAGGCUUAUGCAUUAUAUCAGCACGUAUGAGAACACUGUUUGCCUCAGAACGUGAAUUUAUGUUUUGAGGAUAUUUAGCUAUCGUACCCGAACGCAAAGCAGAUAUGCUCGUUUAAAAACAUCUCCCUCAAACCGAUCAAGCAAUACAGAGUCCUCUUCAACGUUCAGCGUUAGCCGAAGAAAAUGAACUUUAGGUGGGCCGAUGUUCUGAUUAUAUCCGUUCGAAAAUAAAAUCCGUCUGCUCUUAGAAACUUGAGAGAUUUCCAGAUUAAAUGAUUUGGAGGAAUCGGAGGAAAAAAAAACCGUUUUGUUUCUAAAAGUGAUUUUAAAAAAAAUGAUACGCUCAAAGCUUUGAAAAGUGAAAACGUAUAUACUGAUUAGAAAAUGGAUAUUUUUCUAUGCCGUAUGUGCUUGGUCAUCACUAACCAAUGUGAAAGAAGUGUUGAUGAAGUGUUAUAAAGACGCCGCUUCGUGGUUUAUAUGGGACUUGUUCGAUAAACCCGGAGGUCAGAUGUUUUGCCGUACUGUGCUACUGCUUUGUCAUUUAUAUAAAAAAAAUUCUCUAUACACUGGCAUUUGGACCCUGAUGUAAUCAGAUGUAAACUAUUUUUGCAUUGAUUGACUCUUUUGUUAUGUUAAUUGAGAGAUUGCCGUUUUAUAACGUUACGUCCGAUUUCAAUAUAAGCUGGUAUUUCAUGGUGUUUAUGGUUUGAAUCACAUUGAUUUAUAUUCAACACAUCAUGUCUCAAGCAGUGUCUUUAAAUCAGUUCAAAUGUAAAUGAACACCAAGAGUGCUCUGCGAUUCCAGUGAUUGUUUUCUGUUAAUGUUGUGAUCAGGAAGGAAGUCUGAAAAUGCGUCCAUCCUGUUUUCAAAACUAUGUGAAAUCAUUGCGCACAUUUAGCUCAUUAGUAUUUAUGCUUGCCUUCAGUACGUCUUCUCUUGGUUUAAAUGUUUAAUGUUGGUCUUUUGGUUCGCCUGGAUUACUGUGAAGUAAAAGUGUUUAGGUACUUCACACGCUUUCUUUGACAACUAAUCGUUAAACCUCUGCUGAAUUAAUAAAAGCUUUUAUCUCUCUGCAA